AUGCUAGCCGAUACAAUCAACAUAAAGCAGCAGCAGCAGCAACUUCAUGUUCUGUUUAUUGAUUCUUACGAUUCAUUUACGUAUAAUGUGGUAAGACUAAUUGAACAACAAACCAAAAUCUCACCAGAAGUCAACGCCGUGCACGUGACAACAAUUCACAGUGAUACGUUUCAGUCUAUGGCCCAACUACAGCCGCUUUUGCCACUCUUUGAUGCUAUUGUGGUUGGCCCAGGGCCUGGAAAUCCUAACAAUGGUGCACAAGAUAUGGGUAUAAUAUCUGAACUUUUUGAAAAUGCCAAUGGGAUUUUAGAUGCCGUUCCGAUAUUGGGUAUAUGUCUUGGAUUUCAAGCAAUGUGUUUGGCUCAAGGUGCUACAGUCUGUGAAUUGGAUACUAUAAAGCAUGGACAAGUGUAUGAAAUGUGUCUGAAAGAUGAGGCCAGAUCAUGUGGUCUCUUUAGCGGAUAUCCCGAUACAUUCAAAUCUACGAGGUACCAUUCAUUGCAUGUUAAUGCUGAAGGCGUUGACAAUCUUUUACCUUUGUGCUCGACCAAAGAUGAGAAUGGAACUCUUUUAAUGAGCGCACAGAUUAAACAUAAGCCAUGGUUUGGCGUACAAUACCAUCCGGAAUCAUGCUGUUCAGAAUUAGGAGGACUAUUAGUCAGUAACUUUCUCAAGUUGAGUUUUUCCAACAAUAUGAAAACAGGAAGGUGGGAAAGCAAGAAACUUAAUAGAAAUUUUUCCGAUAUUCUAUCUAAACUAGAUAGGACUAUUGAUAGAGACCCCAUAUACAAGAUAAAGGAUGAGUAUCCGAGCGGUGAUAAGACCACCUAUGUGAAGCAGUUUGAAGUCUCCAAAGACCCAAAAUUGACAUUCGAAAUCUGCGAUAUUAUUCAAGAACCAAAAUUUGUUAUGUCAUCUUCGGUUAUUAGUGAAAAUAGAGGCGAAUGGUCCAUCAUUGCUUUACCAAAUUCCAAAUCCAAAGUGUUCAGUCACUAUGGAGCUAUCAAGAAGACUACGGUUUAUAAUUGGCAAGAUGAAAAAGUUAGCUAUUCUAUGUUGAAAAAAUGUUUAGAUGGACAAGAUUUGGACUUGCAUGGCCCCCUCACAGUAAUAAAGGAAGAUGAAUCUCAAUUUUGGAUUACCUUGGGUAAAUUCAUGGAAAAUAGGAUAAUUGAUAAUCAUAGAGAAAUACCUUUUAUUGGAGGACUUGUUGGUAUUUUAGGUUAUGAAAUAGGCCAGUACGUUUCAUGCAACCGUUGUGGUGAUGAUGAAGAUUCACAUAUACCAGAUGCCAAACUGGUUUUUAUCAACAAUAGUGUAGUCAUCAAUCAUAAGGAAGGAAAGCUUUAUUGCAUUUCUCUGGAUAGUACAUUCCCUGUAACCCUGGAACAAUCACUAACAGAUAAUUUUGUGCUCAAGAAAGAUAUCAAGAAAAAAAUUUCCUGGCCAGAGUAUUUACCCAAGGAGGUGGACUUCACGAUAACCAUGCCCGAUAAGGUUGACUAUGCAAACGCAUUUGCGAAAUGUCAGGAUUAUAUGCAUAAGGGUGAUUCUUAUGAAAUGUGUCUCACCACACAAACGAAAGUUGUGCCUUCUUCAGUGAUAGAGCCCUGGAGGAUUUUCCAAACUUUAGUACAAAAAAAUCCUGCUCCAUUUUCAAGUUUUUUUGAGUUCAACGACAUUGUUCCCAACCAAGGUGAAAGGCCUCCUGUUUUAUGUUUCCUAAGCACUUCUCCUGAAAGGUUUUUAAAAUGGGACGCAGAUACGUGUGAAUUACGUCCUAUCAAGGGAACUGUGAGAAAAGGACCUCAAAUGGACCUGUUUGAAGCCACCAAGAUUUUGAAGACACCAAAAGAAUUUGGCGAGAAUUUAAUGAUUCUCGACUUGAUCCGAAAUGACCUUUACGAACUGGUUCCUGAUGUUAGAGUCGAGGAGUUCAUGUCCGUGGAAGAAUACGCCACUGUCUACCAACUUGUUAGUGUUGUAAAGGCCCAUGGACUAACCUCGGCAAGUAAGAAGACGAGAUACUCAGGCAUGGAUAUUCUUAAGCACUCGCUUCCUCCAGGGUCCAUGACUGGGGCCCCCAAGAAAAUCACCGUGCAAUUAUUGCAAGACAAGAUAGAAACAAAGUUAAACAACCAUGUCAAUGGCGGAGCCCGUGGUGUGUAUAGCGGAGUUACAGGAUAUUGGUCUGUCAAUUCCAACGGAGACUGGUCUGUCAACAUUAGAUGUAUGUACUCCUACAACGGUGGAGCCAGCUGGCAGCUGGGAGCAGGGGGGGCCAUCACCGUUUUAAGCACACUUGAUGGAGAACUAGAAGAGAUGUACACCAAGUUGGAGAGCAACUUACAAAUUUUCAUGUAG